CGUCAUCCGCAGCAGUAGCAACAACAUCAUCAUCAUAAUCUUCAUCAUCAUCAUCAGCAGCAGCAGCAGAGUGUACAGUCCUGUGUCACACACUCACAGAUGGACAAAGGAUUCGCUGCUUUCAGCACCAUGCAGAGUCCUGUCAUGAUUCCCUUCAACUACUCCUACGCCGCCCUCAGCGUCAACGUCAGCCUGCCGCCGCGGGCCGUGCCAUACUCACACUACAUCGGCAUGGUCCCACCGCCGCCGCCGCCGCCGCAGCUGCUGGCAUUGCCAGCGGCGCCGGCGUCGUCGCCAGAGACGACAGUGUCGACGUCCGGCAGCCCAACGCCGACGCGGUCGCCGAGUACCGCGAUGAAGUCCUUCUCUAUUGAAGCCAUCCUGGGGUUGAACAGCCAGGCGGAUGCUCACCGCCAGCAGCAGCAGCUGCAGUACCAGUACCCCGCUGCAUGUCACCCGCAGUAUCGCUCCCUGCCGGACAUCACCAGCGUGUACCCCGGACACUACCAUCAGGGCAUGCACGCGACGUAUCCAGGCAACCUCCCCCUGUCGCCUAGCAACCAGCAGCAGGAACAUCACGGCGUGUUCAAGCAACAGAACAUCGCGGGGAAGGCGAACCUGGGAGCUCAGAGAAGACAUCAUCGGUUAGACGUGAUAUCGCGUUCAUACCCGCAGCUGAAGACGGAGACGGCCGCACACACUCCCGACACGAAAACAAAAGGUAAGUCAUGCAAAGUAUCAUAG